CACAUCAGUCCCUGAACAAGUCAUGAACCUGUCCAACAUUAAGAAGUUAAUCUUGUCACAUAACAGAAUUUCCUGCCUUCCCCUGAAUCUGAGCCGAUUGGCCCAACUGGAGGACAUGAACAUUACUGGAAACCCCCUGACAUACCCUCCUCCUGAUGUCCGUAAGAAAGGCACAGCCGCCAUCAUGGACUUCCUUAGAAGGGAUUUGAAGGAUAAAGAAGAGAGAGAACUAAGGAAAGUCUUCCACCGUUUCUCUCAAAGCGUUACUGAAUCGAGUGAGGUGGAAGAUCUGGGCGGAGCACUCGGGCUUACAGCAGAUGAGAUGAUCCACACUUUAAGGAACACAAAACCGAGUUCCCAGGCCUAUCAAGUUCUAUCAAAGUGGAUGGAGACGAACGGGGAAGCGUCCAUGGACAAGCUUCAGCAGGAGCUGAGUGAGUGUGGUAUGAAUCAGCUGGCAGAGAAGGUCAACAGGAUUCAGGCUCAACCGGCUAAGCGGCAGGCAGCCGAAGGGACUUCUCGUGACGUGUGUCAGGAGGAACAGCAGACCAAUGACACCCUGGCACAGCUACGGGAGGAAAACCGCACUUUGAGAGCCCUGGUGGAAGAACUACAAGGCAACAAGACGUCAAAAUGUCGAGGACCUGGAGCCAAGCCUGUGGUAGUUGUGCUCAACGAUGAGUAUGGAACUGCAAAGGGGGGCGUAUCCACCAUCCACUGCCAGUUGGCGGCCCUACUGGCUUCCAAAGGUGCUGAGGUCUAUUCUACAGUCCUGGGUGCCACAGAAGACGAUAAGCAGGAUGCAGCUCUUCAUGGGGUUCAGCUUAUCUUUCCAACAACGUCCAAACGUGACAAGAGAAAGCCCUGCCUUGAUUGGCUGACCUUUGACCACAAGACUCGUUAUCCGGACCUUCCUCCAGUGGACUUCAUCGUCGGCCACGUGCCCAUCACAAGCCAUGCAGCAAGACAGAUCAAGGAGCAACGGUUUCCUGACGCCAAACUCGUCCAAGUUACUCACGUGAUGCCAGAAGACACCAGCCAGUACAAGAGUGAUGAGAGGGUGUUGAGCAUCGGAGACGAGCAGAGAAACAUUCUUGAAGACCUAGAGCAUGCUGACGUGAUCAUCUCAGUAGGCCCAUACCUGCACGACUACUACAAGCUUGAGACGCAAGGUUUCGAACCCCACCACGAGUUCCUGCCUAAACCAUCCGACAUCUUCAGCAUAGCAAGGGUAAAAUACGUCGACGCCAGCACAAAAGUGGUUCUGUCCGUCGGCAGGGUCAAGGGUGUGGAAAGGCUGAAAGGGUACGAUCUGGUCGCAAAGUCCAUGAUCCAGGUGUUCAUAGCACUACCCAACACCAAAUGGCGAGCCCGCGGCAUCACAAAAGAAGAUUUCCAGGAGAGCAGGGACAUCAUCCAGUCCAACGCAGGUAAAAUCAAUUUCACCCCCCUGGAGUACGGCACACAGAAGGAGCUGCGCAAGGACAUGGAGAAGGCAAGUGUCGUUCUGAUGCCGUCACGUGCAGAGCCAUUCGGUCUGGUUGGUCUGGAGUCCAUCGCUGCAGGGGUGCCGGUCCUGGUUUCCCACAAGUCUGGUCUUGCAAUGUUCUUGAAGAAACAAGACCCCGAGUUCGAUCGCACGAUCGUAGAGAUCGAAGAUGAUGACGAUGAAGCCGCCAAAACCCUGUCCAAGCGCAUCAUCAAGAUCCUAAAGGAUGGACCCAGAGAGUUUCAGGCCGCACAAAGUUUGAAGAAAAAGCUUUUGGACUCAAAGUACUGGACUGCAUCACACGCCAAUGUCAUCCAAACCUUUGGUCUGGAAGGCUAGCUUCUAACCACAUUGAGUUAAUUUCUACCUAUUAUUCGAGUAACAUGUUAGCUCAAUUUUAGCUCUAUGUCUGAGUGUUGAUUUCUAUGACUUGGCCUCCAGAAUGCUGACUCCUGAUGAACCUAUUGCCGCCCAAGGCAUAUUGUAAAAGCUGUCAUGAGUAGCACACUAGUGAAUAGUUGUCUAACUAUCCCAUACGCCAUCAAGACUAGUGGUGUUUAAUGCACAGCAGUGGACAACUGGGAAGUACCCACAUGAACUGCCUGCAUGUUAAGUAUCCAUUCCCUAUUGUGAAAGAAGAAGAUUACAUGUUAUAGAGCCCUGAGGAUUCCUGUACUUAUAACAUGCACACAGUUGUGCACACUACAUUCCAGUUGAAUCCCGGGAUACUGUAUAUUUAGACUUUGUCAAAUCUUGCACAGCAGUGUGAUGAGGUAUUGGAUUUUAAACAUUUGUAUAUUUUAUGAUGAUGUUUGUGACUAUAACAACAUUGCUAAAAAUUUCAGUAUAUACAGAUGAAGCUUAAAGGUAGUAUAGUUUGAUCUGUCUCUACAUGAUGUAACAUGUAAAUUUGUAAAGCUAGUAUGAUAUAAUGAUGUUGUACAUUGUAUAUCUACUGUACAUUCAAGAAUAAUAAUUGCCAAUGAGACUUUGACUCUAAAAGUAGAACUUGCUGUUGUAACCAUUUGGUUAAUGCAGAUACUUAGACAUGGACACAUCUUUCACAACAGUGUGAUGAGUUAUUGGAUUUUGUAUAUUUGUAUAUCUUUAUGAUCAUGGUUGAAAAGCUUGUAAAUGUAACAUUACUUAAAGUUGUAGUAAAUAAAUAAGAUGAAGCUUUGAA